AUGCCUCUUUUGAACGUUGCCGUCGUAGGAUACGGGUUCUCUGCUAAAACCUUUCAUCUUCCCUUCAUCCGCCACAACCCAGGCUUUCGCCUCCAUGCCAUCGUACAACGGACCCCUCGAAGCGACGAUAAUCCGGAGAAGGACUUCCCUGGCAUUCGGGCGUACCGAGAUGCCUACGAUGCGAUUCAGGAUGAAGUGGUCGAUGUCCUGGUGAUCACAUCCACCAACGACACCCAUUUCCCCUUGAGCCGUGACGCUUUGGAGAGGGGAAAACACGUGAUCGUGGAAAAGCCGUUCACGGUUAGUUAUGCAGAAGCCAUAGAGCUGGUCGACCUUGCGGCGAAGAAGAACAAACAGCUUGCCGUCUACCACAAUAGACGAUGGGACUCCGACUUUCUGACUGCGCGUAGCCUCCUUAACAGCGCCCAGCGGCCGCUGGGGCGCAUCGUGCGCUUCCGAUCCCAUUUUGAUUGUUCUCCAAACUCCCGCACAGCGACCGAGGCCAAGGGAUGGAGACUGACGCCCGGUGUCCCAGGGGCUGGCAUGUUGUUUGAUCUGGGAAGCCACUUAAUCGAUCAGGCAGUGACGCUCUUUGGGAUUCCGGCGAGUGUGACGGCCGUGUUGCUGGACGAGGCGAGUGGCAAAGGUGUUCAGGAGGAAGCUUUCAUGGACGAUGCCUUCAUGAUCAUUCUUCAAUACAAAGCAGGAUUGACCGUUGAGUUGCACGCUACCCAAUACUCGGUUAGUGAUCGACAGAAACGUUUUGAGAUUCUCGGAACACAGGGUCGCUGGAUCAAAUAUGGGCUCGACUAUCAGGAAGAACAGCUGCAAGCAGGGAUUCUCCCGGGGAAUGAGGACUACGGCGUCGAGAGACCGGAGAACCGUGGUCUGCUGCAAGUAGUCCAGCCCGCGGGUGUGAGUACUUCGGAGUGGGAGACAGAAAAGGGGGGAUAUCAUCAUUUCUAUCAGAAUGUGCAUGAAGCCAUUACACGUGGCGCCGAGCUCGCCGUGCAGCCCAGGGAUGCAGCUUUGGUGAUGCAUCUGAUUGAACUAUGUCGGCGGAGUGCCGUGCAGGGAAAAAAGGUAACGGUAGAUCUGCAGCGAAAGGCUCUAUAA